AUGUGGUCGUCCACCGGGCCAGCUCACGCCAAUACGAGGUACGGGAUGAUGUACGUCUUCCCGGAGCUCUACGAUCUCAACUCCGCCUUCCCCGAGAUCAUCCCCUCCGUGACGCGCCGCCCGAACGCGUACGUGGAGCGCAGCUUCCUGGUGGAGUCCCCCCGCGGCGAGCUGAUGCAGGUGGAGCUGCUCCGCCCCGUGACGGCCGCGGGAGGAGAAGGGUUCGUGGUACGCGUGCUGGACGAGUGCUGGGAGACGUGGGAGGACACGGAAGACAUCGGCGACGCCGCCGUGCUCGUGGAUGCGGCGGGCGCCGUGGCCGCGUCCACCAGGGUGUGUCCCGCGCUGAGGCCCAACACCGUGUACUAUGCCGUGGACCUGGAGGGGGAGACGCGGGUGUGGGCGUACAGGCUCGCGGGCAAGCACAAGCGCAUCGAGGUCGUGGAGGUGCUCCCGACGGCCGACGGGUACAGGGCGCCGUGCUUCUGGUUCGCGCCGGUGUACUCGCAGCGGCAGCCGUGA